UGUACACUUUACAGCUUGAAGGUCUUCCGCUUUCAUUCACCCGCCAGCUACUUCAAAGCAAGCGAACUAAUGAGUAAAUGUUUGUUUUGACAUUCGGGGUUUCCCUGAUAAGUCUUGAUAUCUAGCAUUAACGUAAUUGCCGUCAUCAUUUGACGGCUACAAUGUUUCGUGGUUUUCACCAUCCCGGAGAACUUCCUCGGGGCCCUGCUCCCUUAGGCCACCCAUCCCAUGUACAGCCACCCGGUCCCAGCUACGGAGGGCCCUUUGGCCCGCCACCCCACGUUCCAAUGCCUGGACACUUACCUCCUGGAUCUUGUCAUCCUUUCUUACCUCCCGGAUCGGGAAGUGAAUACCUCCACAGGCCCAUGAGGGAACAUUAUAUCAAUACUCCACAUUGCAGCAGUUACUCCAUUGACCGCAGCACAGUGAUCAGUCUGGGUGGUCAACAGAUUCUCCCACCAGACACACAGCAUCUUCAGAUGCCACAGUGGCCCGCCAAUCCUUUGGAAUCAUGUCAAAGAGACAAGAGUGAGAACUUGACAGCUGGGGAAGAAUUCCUCAGAUGCCUUGCAGCUAAUAAGCCAGUCCCUGACUUCCUCAAAGGAGUCAACCUGUUGGACGCAGGGAAGGCAGUCAAGGCUCCAGGUGUACCAGAAAACCGGGGUUAUGAGAGGCAGAGACUCCGGAGCAAAUCUCGCAGUCCCGCGAAGGAAAGCAGGGGCAGGAGUAAGAGCCGAGCAAAGAGCCAGGUAAGAAGCAAGAGCCGGGCAAGAAGCAAGAGCUGUCCGCGCAGCAGAAGUCGUACCCGAGGGAAAAGCCGGGCAAGAAGCAAAAGCCGACCACGAAGCAGGAGUCGCAGUCGUGGAAAGAGCCAGGUCAGAAGCAAGAGCAAGGCUCGUAGUAGGAGCCGGAGCCGAGGGAAAAGUCGGGUGAGAAGCAAAAGCAGAUCAAGGAGUAGGAGUCGCAGCUAUGGAAAGAGCCGGGGCAGAGUGGACCAUCAUUCCGACCACAGGGACAAAAGGAGCCCCAUUCGGAGCUGUAGCAGCAGGAUCAGUAAUCACUCCUCCGUACACAAUGACCUGCUCGAGGGCCUGAAACGGGUUAUGAACAGCAAGCAACUGGAGGACAGUAUGCCUUCCAUCAAGAAUGCCAUUCUCACAAUACAGGCCAAUAACUUUAGCAGAGAUAUCCAGAGCAGCAGAGCAAUCCAGAGCAACUGUCUUCCAUGUGGACCAGUCUUGGCCAGUAGACAGGAAUUUCUUCAAGCCUCAGAUGGGUCCAAGCCAAUCAGCAGACAGGAGGAGACCGACAGCAAUCUUCUCCCCCACGAGAGAGUGGGCUGUGACUUCUCCUGGCUGCAGGGCACCAGGGAGGUCUCGCCUGUUCAGAAGCUGGAGGAGGUCGAGGAUGAGGAGAACUUCCUCUAUGGGAAUGAGGAUAACCAGUCAAAACAACGCCCUGCCACCCUGCCUUUUGCACCGUCCACAUCCAUUACCCAGCAGAGCGAUGCAGAGAUCUCGCCAGCAGGCCCACCCUACUAUCAAAGCCAGCCUCUGUUUGGGAACCAUGGUGAAGUCCUGGAGUUCAAGAUGCCUCCUCAACCGGUCCAGUCCAGUGUGAGGCCUGAGCAGAGGGUGCAGCCUGUUCCUGAUGUGAAGCCCGCCCCCACUGUGAAGGAAUGUGAGGAGUUCAAGACCAUGUUGAAGAACAUUGGACUGAAUCUGGGCACAUCAGAGAUCAGUAAGAUGAUGGUCAAGCUGCAGCAACAGAAGGAGGGUAAGAUGCCAGAGCAGAAGAGGGAGGAGAAAGUGCCAUCACCAGCACCAGUGCUGCCUCUUCCUCUUGUAAUUGGGGCAUCACAGGAGCCCAGACUGGCCUCGCCAGCACUUGGGACAGAACCAAUACGACAAGCAUUGGAGUCAUUACAGUUCAUUAUUAAAGCAACAAGGGAGAAAAGGGCCAAUAGUGAUCCACAUGAUGGCAACCAUUCCCAAAGGAAUUCAGACAAACAGAAGAGCAAAGAUGACGAGGAGAGUCAGAGGAGAUCGAGACAUGACCAAAUGAAAAGGAAAGAAACUCUUGUGAAGGAACUGGAGGAAUUGCUAAAGCAGGACGGGUCUACCUUUUUGAUUCCGGUCAUCGGGUUCUACUGUCAGAGGUGUGAGGAGUUCUUCGGAGACCUGACCACUGCUGAGGGCCAUGCAGCAACCCACCGGCGGAAUGAGCCUAGCAUGCAGCAGCAUGGAGACAGACGACCUGGAGAGGACCGAAGACACCCUAGCCAUUACAUCGGGCACCCCCUGGGUCCAGAGUGGAGGGACCAGGGAGAACCAAGAGAUCAGAGGUAUCACAAACUAGACGAGGGCCCAAAGGGUUACAGGAACGACAGGGAGAAGAUCUACGUGAAAGAGGAAUGCCCUGGAAGCCCCAGGAUAAAGAUGCCGAUGGUCCGCGGGCACACCCCACCAGGUCUGCAGAAGGCCAGGGGGAGAGAGGAGGGGAGGGUGGAUAAGGGCUCUUGUGCUGCUUCCUCUGGCCAUGCCAGUGGGAAAUAUGGUAGGGUCAAACUGGAGGUAGUGGAGACCAAAGGAAAGCCCAACGUGGAAGUAUGUGACAAAAAGGACAAAGAUAAAGGAGAAAGCAGUUCUAACAGUGAUGACGAGAAAGACAAAUCUCCUAAAGGCAACAAAAAGAAAAAGAAGAAGGAGAAAAAGAAGAAGGAAAAGAAGAAGAAGAAGGAAAAGGGUUAGAAGUAAUAGCUGCUGUACUGCAUGUCCUGGUUUGAUUGUACUGUAUCUCUGGAGGACCUGGCCUUGGGUCAUUGUUUGGCAUCAUUGCAGCUGUUUUCAGAAGUUGGUGCUUUUAAUGUUAAAAAGAAGCAGUAUUCCUCUGAUUCGUUCUCUCCUUUUGGGGUUGUCUUGUUUUUCAACAAACUGUGUUCCUCUGUGUUGUAGUGGAUAACAGCACAUUGUCAUUGAAUGCUGUUGGAGGACAGGCCGUUCCAGGGUGCAUAUGCAGCAUUUAUGAUGUCCAGAAUUGUUUUGCUGCCAGCUACUGAUCCUAUUGUUCAGACCUUUAGUUACUGUAGAUGUUUAUUAAAUAACCCUCUUUAUAUUGGGCCAUGUUUGUGUAUAUUUCACCCGGUACAACCUUGAUUUAGUGCUUUGAGUGUUAUCAAAUGUACUUUUUCCAUUUAAAGGUCAACUGCCAUUUGAAGCGUGUGCUGUUUUUCUUCCUAAUGUUAAACCGAUGAGAUGGAAUUAUUCUGUAAUGAAGACAUUCUUAUACAUUGUCCUCUUAUCUAGCUCUCUGUAAUUGAUGGCGCAAGGCUAUUUGCAAGCGCACAUGAUCUUGCCAAAGUCAUUGGAUCCUAUCAGGAACAGUUGACAUGUUUUUGUAAGGUGAUCACUUUUUUUCUGAUUAUAUACAUUGUUUUUGUCUGCUGUUACUUACUCUGACUUCCUCUUUCUCACACAUUAGGCAUUUCCAUUGAUCCAGGUUUAUUUGACAAAAGCAGGGGGAAAAAAUAUUCUGACGUGUAAUAGAAACGGCAGAUAUGAGACAUUUUAAAGCUCGACAACAUUUUUAUCCGUUCAAUAGGGUUCUAUUUUUCUUUUGUUGAACUUGUAACUAAUGAGGGAAACUGAUUUUGAAUAAAUGUUGAUUGUAAAAUA